UUUUGAAAAAUUUUUGCGCUCGCGCAAAAAAAGAGAUAUAUUUUCAUGCAUUUUCCGCGAUACACGCAAAAAGUUUGAAAUUUUUGUUUCGCGCAAUCUUAUUUUCUCUAUAUAUAAUAUUGAAUAAGAAUUAAAAAAAAAAUUUUUUUUAAUUCCUUUCAUCGGCAAAAAUAUCAUUUCAAUGGAAUGGUUAAAUAGUCAUAUUACAUUAUCGGAAAGAGAUGAUCAAGAUUUAAAAAUAAAACGUUGAAUUAUGCGGGGAACCAUUAUCUUGCGACGCGAUGGAUGAUACAGUCAACAAUUUCCACGACAAAGACACGGACUGUACAAGUCGGUCUCUUGCCACUCUAUUAGUAGCAUGGGUUGGAGCAGCGAUGGUAGCAUCAGUAUUACUACGUUGGAAAUAUAUGUGGAUUGCACUGGCAAUAUUAACAUUACUAUUUCUAAUCGCCUGUGGUUAUGCAGCAUGCAAUGCACGUCGCACUCAACACAGGAUAGUAUGCAGGAGUAAUAGACCUGUUGUAAGAAGACAUUCAGUUGAACAUGUUGAAACUGUAUCCAGGAUAGUCGAUGGAAAUUAUGUAGUUGAUCCACCGGCCUAUCAAACAUUUUGGAUAACAGAUUUACCGCCAUCAUAUUCAGCGGUAAUCAGAGGGCAACCAUCAAAUUCCCUGCCAAAUUAUCACUUGACUUCGGUCGAUGAAUUUGCAAUUGGUCCAAGAUUAUCGAAUCCACCACCAUAUACAAUGGCAAUUCAAUCCGAUACUCUGAAUACUGCAAAUGGACAAGCAAUAAAUUGUACACGUGAACAACAUAUAAUUCAACGUUUUCCAACAAGUGUAAUAAAUCAACAAUCAAAUAAUGAUGAAUCUUGGACAUUGAACUCAUCUCAUCAUCAUCAUCAUAUUGUGAGGACACAAUCAUUUUCGGAAAUUCCUCAAGUUAAGAAUAAUAAUAAUAAUAAUAAUAAUGAUGAUGAUGAUGAUAAGGAACCAAAGGAGAGACGACGAUCACGUUCACAGGGGACACGAUAUUUGAAUAAUAUUAUUAUUAAUUGUACAUUUACAAGAAGCGAGAGAAGUACAAAUGACGAUCAAAAUAAUGAUCAUCAAAAUACUCCCACAAUAGAACAAAGGGUCGAUUCGAAUCAAAUUCAUUCUACUAGCAAUAAUAAUAAUAGUACUAGUGAUUCUAAGAAUUGAAGUUAUACAAAAAUCCAAAAAUUAGUAUAUAUCUUCUGUUAAUAAAAAAUAUCAAUAUAAUGCACUGCAAAAUUGUACAUAGAGUUAAUUUUUCUUGUAUAAUAAUUAUGACAUCGAAUAAUAAUGAAAAAAUUACUAUUUUGCAAAAAAAUUUCAAUUUUUUUUUUUAUAAAUUCUUGUUUAAUUUCACAAAAAAAAAAUUUACCUUAGAAAAAAUAUUAUCUCUGUUACACCUCUGGUUGUAAAUAUACUCUUUAUUCUACAAUUUUUAUGUUAUAUAAAUAUAGACAAAUAAGUAUUAUUAUAGAAAAAAUCUCUUAAAAAUGAAAAGAGAAAAUUGUAUAUUAAUUGAAAUGAAAUCAAAAUAAUUAUAAUAAUAAGGCAAUUAAAAUUUGAUUUUUUUUAAAAAA